GCCGCCGCCUCGGUGCUGCUAGGGAUGGAGACGGAGCCUCUGGAAGGAGACGGCGGCGGCCAUGAGGGGCCUAAGACGACUUCGGCCACGGCCCCCGCACUCACGGCCUCUCAGCGCCGGGCUGAGAUUCGCCGGAGGAAACUGCUGAUGAACUCGGAGGAUCGGAUCAACCGGAUCAUGGGCUUCCACCGGCCAAAGGCGGAUGAUGACAGCCAUUCAGAAUCAAAACUUCAGCUGGAACAAGAUAAACCAAGCACUCUUCCCACUCCUGUUUCCAAACGGGUUGUGCUAGGUGACACUGUUUGCAGUUUGGCAGGAACAGCCGACCACGCAAGCAGUGCAAUAGAGCACAAGGGAGAGAAAAAGGACUUGUUUAGCAUAACUCCCGAGGUUGGAAAUGAUGGCACUGGCGAGCUCCGACAGCGCAGCAGAGGGGAUCUGAUGGAGGUUCCGCAGAGAGCACCUCGCCACGGGUUAGACCAGUAUCUCUCGAGGUUUGAUGAAGCGAUGAAGUUAAGAAACCAACUUAUCAGUGAGAAGCCAAGCCAGGAAAAUGGAAAUGUAGUGGAGGAAUUUGAUUCCUUCCGCAUUUUUAGAUUAGUGGGGUGUGCGCUACUUGCCAUUGGAGUUAGAGCUUUUGUGUGCAAAUACUUGUCAAUAUUUGCUCCAUUUCUUACCUUACAGCUUGCAUACAUGGGGUUGUCUAAGUAUUUCCCAAAGAGUGAAAAGAAAACGAAGACCACGGUAUUGACUGCUGCUCUUUUACUGUCUGGGAUCCCUGCAGAAGUGAUUAGUCGUUCCAUGGACACUUACAGCAAAAUGGGGGAUGUUUUUACAGACCUUUGUGUCUAUUUCUUUACUUUCAUCUUCUGCCAUGAACUGCUUGUGUUUUUUGGUUCCUGAAGUGCCAUGAUAGCUGUGGAACCUGGUGUAAUACUUCAGCUGGACUGCGUCACUCUUGAUUUCAUACAUGCCUCUGGAUAUAUAAACAGUGUUAACCCUA